UAUCGCGUUUACGACAGUUUCACUCUGUUUACGGCGGUUGCGUUAUCUUUUUUGCUUAGCUUAAUGUCUAUACACGUUUGUAAAUAUUGUCAUCCUCGUCAUGUCGGUGUGUGUAAUUAAAACAUGUUAGUCAUUCACAAUUGAGAAAGACAAUGGUGGCGUAGAGGCAGGGCAGGAAGGAGAAGAGGUCUCCCCAAAGAUGGCCACUGAGCUCCAUGAGGCUAUAGUCAUGGCCAAGCAGGAGCGCCACAAAAAUCUCUUCCUCAACUACAGAAAUCUGAACCAUUUCCCAGUCGAUUUGCUGAAAGAUGAAGGCCUGCAGUUUCUGGAGAGGCUUUACAUGAAGAGGAACUUGCUCACUACAUUGCCUGACAAUCUUGCACAGAAGUUACCAAAUCUAAUAGAACUGUAUUUGCACUCUAACAACAUAGUGCUUAUUCCGGAAGCAAUUGGAAACUUGGCCCGUCUGCAGUCACUGGACCUGAGCAACAACGCCCUCCAGCUACUGUGUCCAGAGGUGGGCCGACUGAGGACGUUACGCCACCUGAGGCUGUCCAACAACCAGCUGAAGUGCCUCCCACCAGAGAUUGGCGACCUGCAUGAGCUGGAGACUUUGGACGUGUCCAUGAACCAGCUCAUGUCCCUCCCCGAUCGUCUGCACCGCUGCAUCUCUCUGCAGAGCCUCAGCGCAGACCACAACCUGCUGAGCCACGUUCCCCGCCACCUCUGCCGGCUGCACCGCCUCAACCAGCUCUCCAUGGCGGCCAACCGCCUCACCUUCCUGCCACUCGAUCUGGGGCGAUCGCGAGAACUCCAGUUUGUAUUUGUGGACAACAACGUGGACCUGAAGGGCCUACCGUCCUACUUGUACAACAAGGUCAUCGGCUGCAGCGGGUGCGGCGUGUCGCCACAUGUGCUCACCGGCGAGCUGGGCGACUCUCUGGAUGAAGAUCUGAGCAAAGGUAUGGUUGGGCUGCCCGCUGAUGUCAAGGUGGUCGCCUCAGAGGCAGACGACGUGGUUCCCCUAGAGGAGCUCGCCAUGAGAACACUACACCGCCUCUUCCACCAGCAACGCAACCACCAUCGCCGCCACACAGAUGUCAACUUCCUGCCUCCCGUCGCUCUGCCAAAGAGUUUUCUUGACCUGCUGCAGUUCCCGCUGGGUCACUGUCACCGCUGCAGCCAAGCCAUGUUCACCAUCAUCUACCCCAAACUCUUCCCACUGCGUCACACCGCCCUGGCAGGCGUGCACCGCAGGGCAACCGUCAGUUUUGUAGCGUACUGCUGCUCCAAGCGCUGCCUACGAACAUUUAACCUCCAAGGAUGACGUCGCUGCUUUCUUUAGGCUCCUCCCAUUCUGUAGCCAGUGGACUUACCGUGCCAGAAAGGCAGAGGCGGAUGUUUGGCGGCGCUAACGGCAGUCUUGAGGACACGUGCGUCCCUGCGUGCGUAAUUAUGAACUCCUUAAGUGAACGUUGCACUUCACUGUGCAUGUUGAUUUGAUGACGUGUGUGUGUGUGUGUGUGUGUGUGUGUGUGUGUGUGUGUGUGUGUGUGUUCUUGUAUUUCUACCCUCCUUGAGACAUCAACAAGGAAAAGUAGCUUCCAUAUGAGUUAGGACAUAAAUCAUGUUCCCAAUAUGGAAAACCAUUACAUCUACCGGUAAUAGAGAAUGUCUCAUUUGCAACCCUGGUGGUGAAAUCUAUCAAAGUUAGGGUGGUCCCAAAAAUGAGGGAUUUUUUAAAUUGACUGCAUCAGUUUUAAAAGUGCUCCCCCUCUGGUCAACAUAUGAUAACAAGUGUGUGUAAGAAAUUGAAAUGCGCCCCCUUUGGCCAAAAUUAAUAAAAAUAAUGAAAUAAAUAUGUAUAUAGAGACAUACUGUUAAUAACUUGAAGUAAAUAAUGAAGAUUAAAAACCAAUUACAAACAAACAAAAAAAACUAAAAGCAGUCUUUUUCUCACAACAGUGUCGACUUUUUUCUUAUAAAAUUGGGAAAAAUUACUCAUAUUCUUUCUGUUUCUGUAAUAUUGCAAUAUUUUCUCGUAAAAUUAUAACUUUUUUAUGUAAAAUGAUUACUUGUUAAUGCAAAAUGGUGACAUUUGUCAUAUAGAAUUUUGACGUAUCACAAUAUUGCCAAUUUUUUUGUUCUUGUAAUAUAGUGACAUUUUUUUGAGUAAAAUUCAGACUAUUAUAUAUUGCCAAAAAUGUUAAGUUUUCUUAUAAAAUUGUGACUUGUCGAGUAAAAUUAUGACUCUUUUCAUAAAAUUGCCAACAUUUUAAGCUUUUCUUGUAAAAUUGCGACUGUUAUUCAGUAAAAUUCCAACUUUUGUCAUAAUAUUGCACAAAUGUUAAGUUUUUCUUGUAAAAUUUUGACUUGCGUUGAAUAAAAUUAUGACUUUUAUUAUGAUACAAGAAGGAAGCAUUUUUUGGAGGUCUCAAGAAGGUAACAAAUACAAGAAAGUUUGUGUGUGUGUGUGCCAUCUAUGAAAAGACCAUGAGUAAAACCCCAACUCACCUCAGAGCACUUUAACAUUUUACUUUUCAGGCACACCUUUGAUGGAAUGGUUAAGUUGGAAGAAUGUGAAUGGAGUUGAUGUCUUGGUAGCACACACAAACACGCACAUACACAAUGUUUAACACGUACAAAAAGAAGGAACCUCAGGGGAAGUUCAAGUGGACCAUCUUAUUAUUUUGGACACACAGUUGAGCGCAUAAGGAGAGUUGUCAGUCACACAAGCAAAAUAAUCAGCGUCUCAUUUAAUAAAGUCAGCUUUCUCCAUUUUUUUUAAACGUGUUACAGAAACGUGUUGUAAUAUUUUAUUUCAAACACACAAAACCAACUGCGAUGAUGUCACGUUUAUGAAGGUCCAUUUGAGUUUUUUUAUUAAGAACGUUUUUUUUGGACACUGAAUUAAUGUAAAUACAUUAUUUGCAUUUGACUUUUGUGAAAAUAUUUUUUUUACUUUAAAUUAUGCUGACUAUUCCAAUGAAUCAAAAUGUGUGGGCCAAAUUUGGUUUAAUUAACCUCUUAAGGCCCAAGCUGUUUGUUUACAUGCUUUUUUAAAUUUAUCUUUGCUUAUUGGACCCUAAUUAGAAUAAAAACUAAGAAUCAUCUUUUGAUAUGAUUUACUUAGUCCAUAAGUAACAAACGUGUACUUCAUGUUUAGUGACAUGCUAAUUCUUAUUUUUACCCUUUUUUUUUCCAAAUUCCAUUGUAUGUUAUACUCUUCUGACACCACCAGAUGGCAGUAUAGGUGUAUACAUAAAUGGCCAUAAGACCCCAAUUCAGUAGUGUACACAAUUUUGAAAAUAAGAACUAAAAUGUGCUGUCCACGCAUGUGGCCACUAAGCCUUUAGUUAAACUUCAGUUUGUAAAACCUUUCAGUGUGUAAAAUUUUUUGUGUUUCAGUCUGAAAAAAAUUCAGUGCAGAAAAAUCCACCUGCAAACUUGACACCUCGUUAGCUGGUUCUGAGACAGGAUUGAUUGCUUCUGUCUUGAAGCAAAUAUUUCUUCACUGAUUUUUUUCUGCAUUUAAUUUUUUACACUGAAUUUGUAUGUACUGUAUUUUAACCAACUGGUUUUUUUAAACACAUUUUUACUCAAAUUUUUAUUUAAUGAAAUUGUCAGCAUAAUUUGAUGUACAAAAAUUCUAAUUACGGUACAUACAUUUAUUGUAAAAAUAGCUUUAGUAAAAAGAAAAUUAACCUCCAUAUUCCUUUGGCACUAAACAUUGACCGACCUUUGACCCCAAUCUUUUGUUCCGCUUUUGCAACUUGUUGCUGUUCGUUGUUUUUGUCCCCCUAAAGUCUUUUUCACAAAUCUAAGGCGAUGAGCAUCUUGAAGUGAAAAGGCGGUUUAGCUAUGUAUUUGAGAUAGGCUUCACUACACUUUUUUACCUUUUAUUUAACCAAGAAAGUGCCACUUAAGAAUAACAAUUUUAAAAUCUUCUUGAAGUAAUCCACAGGGUUGAUUAAAGACAUGAGAGCUGUGACUUUGAUCAUUUAGUUUUUAUUCAGUUAAAAAAAGAAACAGCAUGUUACAACAUUAGUGUCAUGUUAGCACGUAGGAAACAUAGCUAUGCUAAUGUUUAACGUAUACAUGUUUAUAUUUGACACAAGUAGAAGUGAAACUGGCAUUCAAAUUAAUUUGCAAACACACAAAGUCGAAGAGAUUUUAAAAAACUUGUUAUGGUGAUUGCUAUAUUUCUGUUGAUCCAGUGAGUGACAUUAAACAAUGCUUUUGGAACAAUUGUAUCCUUUUGUCGCGUUUAUUAGUGGGGCGAAAUUUGCAUGGUCAGACCAGUGAUAUAA